AUGGAGGAUGAUGCUGCCCCCUAUAGGGUGAUCAAGAUCGAGUCCGAUGACGAGAGCGAGGAUGACGACAAGAGUGAGGAUGGCGACGAGAGUGAGGAUUUUAAUACCUCUAAGGAAGAGACCAUGGCGCUUUCCAUAUGCGAAUACGACACACAACCACCAGGAGCAAGCACAAUUGAGCAAGCGAGCAGCGCGCAGGCCGAGCUCAGCCUCGAGCUCACCCUGGCCGCCGACGUGGGUGUGGUGCCGGCGGAGGCAGGCUUUUUCCUCUGCGUCUACUGCUACCGCAGGUUCCGCACCUCGCAGGCACUCGGCGGCCACCAAAACGCGCACAAGCAAGAGCGCGCCGUCGCUAAGCGACGCCGGGAUGCCGCCGCCGCAAUGCGCCCCUCCCCUGCCAGGAAGGCUGCUGCUCGAAUGCCGGAGGAGCCUGCUGGUGGUGUCAUGGCGCACAAGGACGGCAGCAGCUGCCGGGAGAGCGACCCCGAGCUGGACUUGUCUCUCCGUCUGUAA